AUGACAUUCGGGCCACCACAGGUGCUACUAUUUGAUGGCGAGACUGCCUUGGACGACGAAGAGAGUACCACCUAUUUCCAGCUUCGCGGCAUCUGCAAGAGAACCGCAGCACCACGGCAGCACAUCCGGAUAUGUGAUCGCAAGAUUGCGGUAAUGAGGGAUGCACUGCGCAAACUGUCAGCCCAGCUCGAUGAAGAAGGCCUGCAGGUGCCCUUUAGCCGCAUGUGCAGUGAGAUCACAUACUCAUUAAACGCAUUGACCAUGGUCAACGGCAGCUCCCCCUUCACCGCUGUGCUUGGCCGCAUGCCUGCCAUUCUUCCUGCCGAUGGAGCAAUCAUGCAUGACGGUGUGCCUGACAACAUUUCCCGGCACACCCACCGGUUAAGAGAAGUAGCCGUGCAAGCCAUAGCCGAGGGUACUGCCAAAGAGCGAAUGCGCCGAGCCCUUCGCACUCAGACGCAGCCCUCAGGGGCACAACUUGAGUACAAGAUUGGCGACCGUGUUGACUACUGGAGAACGCCUCUCUCCCGCACUUUUGGGAAAAUGGAGAUAUCCUGGAAAGAGUCCGUGUUCUGUGGGGUGAGACAUGUUCAGCACCCAGAUGGCAGCGUCACAAUGGACCAAAUGAAGUUCUUAGCAGCAUGUAAGCCGAUCAUGCUUCCUGCGACAGUGGGUUCCUCAGAGAAACUGCUCUCUGAGGAGGCCCGACGCCAUUUCUUGAGUCUUCUGAUGACCAUUGCAUAUGCGUUGUUGACUCGCCCAGACGUGGCGGUGUUCGUGUCGGCCCUCCAGCGGGAAAGCCACCAAGCUAAGAUCAUCCAUGUCAAGCGUUUGAACGUGUUGUUGCGUUGGCUUCAGUCGAACCCAAAAGGAAUCACGUAUCCAGUGAUGAAGUAUCCCACCGUGCUAUUGCAAAUCUCAGACAGCUCUUACAAAGCACGGGCCACCGACGGACUGUCAGUGCGUGGCCUGGUCAGCGUGAGGGUUAGUCUGGAUGACAUGAUUGCAGGCAAGGCAGAGACUCCCUGCCAUGUGCUGGAUUACGUGAGCAAGGCCCAAAGGCACGUCACCAGGUCCACCUUCAGCAGCGAGUUGUUUGCUGCAACUGAUGCAGUUGAUUCCGGCCUAUUGCAGUCUAUCGUGCUACAUGAAUUGCAACAUGGUGUAGUCACUCCAUCAGAGGCUAAGGGUUUGAUCGAAGGAACCACUCCCUGUGCAGUAGGCCUGGCUCUUGCAGUUGACGCCAAGUCAGUGAGCGCGGCUGUUGUUGCCCCCAACGUCAAGGUUCCUGCGGAACCUUCACUACUGUUACAUGUGAUGUGGCUCAGAUCUUUGCUCACCCGCGGCCGGUUGAAGGCGAUGUUUUGGACAGACACGAGAUCCAUGGUUGCAGAUGGGCUCACGAAGGGCGCAGUUUCGCGAGACCUUCUACAUGCUAUAAUGUGUGGUUUGUUGGAGAUGCCGCAACCUUACGAGCAGCAGGUGCUCAGGCUAGACUUUGGCUUCGGAGACCUCAUGACAUCACAGGAGGAUGUUGCCAUGCUGGCUUGCAUUGGCUACAUAGUCCCGGAGUACUUCCGCUUCCCAGGCUUGUGCGCUCCUUCUCAGAACUUGGCCUUCACUGACAUCCCGAAUGGACUGAAGGGUGCAGCGGCCGUUCCUCUGGCAGGAUGGCUCCAGAUCAUCACCUUCGUAGGAAUCAUCGAGGUGACGAACCUCCAGAACGUGCAGACGGACGUGCUGGGCGACUAUGGCUACGGUGCGUUUGGCCUCCCUUUCGGCAAGAAGAUCGAGGAUGCUGAGAAGAAAGCCAAGAGCUUGAACGCGGAGAUCAACAACGGAAGGCUGGCGAUGAUGGCCAUCAUCGGCAUGUUCUUCCAGGAUGGUCUCACGGGCUCUGCCUGGG